AUGGAAUUCCCUGCCUCGGUGGAGGAGGACUUCGCCACGGAGCUCGUGACCAUUAGUGGACGGGAUGAUACAUCGGGAGAUAUCGCAACGGAUGAUAACUUUGGCUUCGCAGUGCAGAGUUUCGACAUUACCAACGACGUCAACUCGGACUUUUCUGGAGUGUUUUCAGGUGGUUCGAGCGAUGUUGCAGAUGAGCACGAUGCACGCGUUGGUAUUAACAGUCGGCAUGAGGUCAAUGAUCUCACACCAUCGAGAUUUUCUACAGACCCUCUGGGCGUUAGUCCAACCAAGUACGAGCUCCUGGAGCUUUCUGCUCCGCGGUCCGACAGCAUGCCUCCCCUCCCUUCGCACUUAUCGAGAAACGACAUUGAUUCGCAAUCGACUGCGAAAGGCAUGACCCCCUACAACCGCUUCCUGGAUCGUUUGAAGCAUGCUUCCUGUGUUGAUAUCAUUCGCGCCGUGAAGGGUGUGAUGGCAAUGCUUCCUGGCAAGAUGUCUCGCAGUGAUGCUGCCGCGGUGGUACACAACUUCAUUGAUAUAUAUACACCGCGCCUACUGUCGACCGAGCCUUUCGCUUCUCUACCCGAUGACGAGAGGACCAUGUCUGCAGAAUUUUUUGAGAAGUUCACAAUGCAGAAGCUAUAUCCACAGUGCUACAGCAUGGACCCCAAAGACCGUAUAGAGGAUGAACGGCUGUGGAUCAAGAUGAGGUGCCUGGACUGGGUUGAACCCAAGCACCUGGAAGUGUCGUCAUCAGUGGAUGUCGACCUUUUGAAGGAUGCGCAAGAACAGCUGAAGAAUAUAUCGCGUUUUAAGUCUCCCCGUGACAAGAUGGUUGCAAUUUUGAAUUGCUGUAGGCUAGUUGUCCAUGCUCUCGAAGGCGAUAGCAACAAACCAGCGUCAGCAGACGAGACACUUCCUCUGCUGAUAUAUGUCACCGUGCGCGCGAACCCUCAUGAACUGUGGUCGUCGAUCGAGUUCAUCCAACACUUUCGGCACCCGAGCCGUCAUAUUGCGGAGGAGGCAUACGGGUUCACACUGCUGGUCUCGGCUGUGGAAUACAUAAAAUCUAUCGGCACCACUACAUGUUUCAAAAUGGAUCCGGACGAAUUCAAUAGGCUGUUCACGGCUGCACAGGAGCCCUACCUAUCACGCUUACAGAAACUGCAGGGGGAGGAACAAAAAAUGCAGCGGAGCACACCAUCUUUCCCUGGAGCAAUUGUUGGCGGAGAAGAUUCGGUCCUAGCUCGCUUGAAGAAGAUCGCACAGCCCGCAUUAAUGUUCAAAACAACUCUGUUCAAAAAUCUCGCGAGCAGCGAGAUCCGGGAGACAUUGGAGCUACUGUCAGGGCUGGAGACUUAUAUGCUGGACAUGCCGCUCGUAUUUAAGCCCGACAACGAUCCCACACCGGACUCGGCGGCGAUCCUGAGUGACUGGCAAGCCCUGACCGCGAUGCGCAAAAAUGCGCUUGAAACCGUCGGCAAGGCAAAGGCUAUUCUGUCCAAGCUGGCUCAGUGA